AUGUGGUUUAUAAAUACUGCCAUAGUCGCCUCUCGUGUCCAUUCGGCAGUUGCUCCUUCUUGUCGUAGAGUCUUCGUUAGCACCAGGGCCGUCAUGGCGAAGAGUAAGUUCGAGUAUGUACGGGAUUUCGAGACGGAUGACACAUGCCUAGCCCAUUGUUGGGUGGUCGUGCGGCUGGACGGAAGGAACUUCCAUCGUUUUGCGGAAAAACACAACUUCACAAAACCCAAUGAUGGCCGAGCCCUGGAAUUGAUGACCCGAUGUGCCCAGACUGUAAUGACAGAACUAGAAGAUAUUAUUAUGGCAUAUGGACAAAGUGAUGAGUAUAGCUUUGUAUUCAAACGGAAGAGCAAUUGGUUUAGAAGAAGAGCCAGUAAAUUUAUGACAAACGUGGCCUCUCAGUUUGCCUCCAGCUAUGUCUUUUAUUGGAAGGAUUACUUUAAGGACCAGGACCUUCUAUAUCCUCCAGCCUUUGAUGGAAGAGUCGUCGUAUAUCCUAGCAACCAGACCUUAAAGGACUAUCUCAGUUGGCGACAAGCAGAUUGUCACAUUAAUAAUCUUUAUAACACAGUUUUCUGGAUGCUGAUACAGCGAUCUCAAUUAACACCAGCACAAGCUCAAGAAAGAUUACAGGGAACACUUGCUGCAGAUAAGAAUGAAAUUUUGUUUUCUGAAUACAACAUCAAUUAUAAUAAUGAACCACCAAUGUACAGGAAAGGAACUAUACUCAUAUGGAAGAAGAUUAAAGAAGUAACAUCAAAGGAAAUCAAGCUUCCAGGAGAAACAGAAGAAAAGAAGGUUGAAGUGACUCGGACAAGGACUAAACCAGUUGCUUUACACUGUGAUAUCAUUGGUGACACUUUCUGGAAGGAGCAUCCUGAAAUCCUUGAAGAUGACAGCUGACUUGUUUGUCUUUCCUUUCUUGUGGUUAUCCAUGCAGGCAUUGGAUUCUUGCUAGCUAAUCCACCUCUGAUAUUAGGCAGAGUUCUGUGAAAUACACAUUUUUACGGAAGCAGCAAGAAAAGUAUGUUUUUUGGGGAAAAAAGAGAUAACUCACCUUACUUGUCUGAAAGCAAGGCACCUUUUUUGUACCAUAGAAACACGUUUCCAUUUGCAAAAACACAAAUGAAAUUGUGUUACUAUUUUUGCAAAGCAGCUAGCUAUAUCUUGCAUAAUUAAUCUUUUUAGAAUGUGGUAUAAAUCAUUUUUAAAACUGCCACUUACUCCUAACUAGCUUAGAGUUAGGAGAGUGACCUUGAAAUUAUUACCCUUCUAAAUAAUAUAUGUGUAUUUCUCCUUGGCAGACCUGGAAAUAAACAUGGACUACAUGUUUAUAAAUUAUAUGUUCUUUGAAUCUCUUAAUUAUGGUAACUCUAGAUUGAUCCACUUUAUGUCCUUCAUUUGGUUGAAUCACUAGGCAAUCAGUCGUUUUGUUCCUCUGGGUUCUGCUAUUAUUUUCACCUUUCUUCCCAAGAGUAGCAUUUCAAGUCCAGAUUUCUAAGAAAUAUAUUCACUUUGGGGAGGAGAAGUUCAGAGAAUGAGUGCAUAGAGGAGUGGAAUAGACGUGGGUUAGUUCCUUGCAUUUUUCAACAGACAUUAAAUACUUACUAUGUUGGGGGAAAUGAAGUUUAUAUAAGUAAUGGUUCUUCCUCAAGGUAAGUAGACCUCUCACAGGAGAAAGAUAGCAACACAGAACUGUUUGUUAUAACAGUAUUGUGUAUAAUAUAGGUUGUUUUUUUUCCUUCUGGGGCUCUGUAAAUGAGUCUUGCUCUGAGGCUCAGACUGGUUUUGAAGGGCAGAUGGAUGAAAAAACCACAGGGGCUUUCAUUUUAGAGUGAUGUAGAAAAGCUUCUUGAAUAUAGUCAGUAUGGACUGCACCCUUUGAAUUAGGGACUAUAAAUGUCUGCUGGUGAUGCCAGCGAGAGCAGAGAGAGGUAGGGCGAGACCAAGCAAUAUCACUGUUAACAUUAAGGUACUAGUUUAUUUAGAAUUGAUAGAAUGAAAGAAACAUAAUUAGGAAAAUGGAAGGAGAAAUAAAAAUUCCUGAUGCAUUCAUCAGGAAUUCAUUCAGGGAAUCCAUAUGCUGGUUUUUUCAUAAAGCUUAAAGCCAAGAAGUAAAUAUAUCACUAAAAGGUCUAAGUCUGGGCAAAUCUCUCACCAGUUGACAUCCCAUCUGUUCAACUUCCAGUCUCUUCCUAUUCUAACAGGAAUUUUUGUCAGACAUGGCUGAUUUUUGGUGCUAAUUGUGUGAACCUAUUGAAGGUCAAAUAAAAGCU